AUGGCCAUGUGUAGGUGUGUCUCUGUUUUGAUUGGAAGGAAGAAUAAAAUCAAGGGCAUUGAAGGAUCUUCAAAAGGGGACCUGGAACAGUUGCAUGCCAAAGUACGACACCCAACGAUAUCAUCAAAGGGUCGUGAUUUAAAUCCAGAAGCCACCCAGAUGAAUUCAAGGUGCAAUGUGAAAGCUACGAAUCUCGACAGUCCAAUGAGGACUGAAGUACAAGAAGCUUAUGACGGGGGGGAUGAGCAUGAAGAUUCACCUUCCAUCAGGAGAGAGCUAUCAGAUUUUGAUCUCCAAGUUCAUGAAGCUGUUGCAAGCAAAGGAGGAUAUGAUCCAACAGGCAAAGAGAUGAACUCCCCCAGUUUAUAUAAGAAACAAGUCAACAUUCAAUUGGAAGACAGAGAUGAUAAAUACAACAAAAAGAGUGUUGAUUUAAUCCUAAGUGGGCAUGUCAGUGAUCCUGGGAUUGGCAAAUGUGACUUCUGGGAUUCUCCAAAGCUGAAGCGAUCUUGUUCUAACCUGGAAAGAAGGGAUAUACUACGGAAGACUGCUCAUCACUUUCCAUCUUCAAGGUCACAGUCAUUUGAGAAUUUGCAGGAAUUAUCAGCAAAUCAGAUGGUUAAUCUAGAAAGUCCCAGGUCUGUGAUGACUCAGCGCAGUGCUGAUAAAGUGAUAUUGAAAAGGCGUUCGUCGAGUCAAGUUCUCCCUUCUGGAAGUAAGAAAUUGUGGUGGAAGUUGAUCCUCUGGAGCCACAGGAACAUUCAUCGACCUUUGGUCAGCAAAUCGACACAAUUACAUCCUGCAAAUGCUGUUUUAAAUAAUCAAUGCGGGUACUCUUCAGACAUUCUGGAGUCAGAAAAAGGUAAGACAUUGAGACAUGUGAGAUCACCCUCUCCUGCAUCAUCCUCAGGAGAGUACUUUCGCAAAAGUGGCAAGGAUAAAAAUAUUGAUAAUCCAAGGUGGAGCAGAUUUCACAAGGAAAAAAACUUGGAUUUUGGGACACAAAAUCAUUGGGUAGCCUUCUCAACAGAACCAUCCUCCUUUAACAGAGUGGAUGAGUGGAUGAAAGAUCUUGAAAAUCAGCAGCCACCUCCUGAGGAUGAUUUUGCUGUUGACAAUAUUGUGACCACUGUCCUGCCACCUUCUCCAGAUGCUGAUAGAUCAAUUACAAGAAGCACGACUCAGUUGGCUCGACAUCAAGAUGCCGUUUUUUCAAAGGAUAUUUUGUAUGCCAAUAGCGUGGUCCAAUCUCUGAAUUCAGCCUCAACUGCAGCUCAUAUAUGUGGUAUUGGUAUAAAAGCCAUCCCUGCAAUAUCACACUUCUCCAGUCUUCGUUCAGUGAAUUUGUCUAACAAUUGCAUAGUUCAUAUCACACCAGGAUUUCUCCCAAAGAGUCUUCACACACUAAAUUUGUCAAGAAACAAGAUCAGCAUCAUUGAGGGCCUCAGAGAAUUAACCCGAUUGCGUAUACUUGACCUAAGUUACAAUCGCAUCUCAAGAAUUGGACAAGGGUUAUCAAAUUGUACACCGGUCAAAGAGCUAUAUCUUGCAGGAAACAAGAUAAGUGAUGUUGAGGGGUUGCACAGGUUAUUGAAGCUAACCGUUCUGGACUUGAGCUUUAACAAGAUAACAACAACAAAAGCAUUAGGCCAACUUGUAGCAAACUACAACUCACUUCAGGCCCUGAAUCUGCUUGGAAAUCCAAUUCAAAGCAACAUCGGUGAUGAGCAACUGCGCAAAGCAGUUUGUGGUCUUCUUCCAAAGCUAGUAUACCUGAACAAGGAUGCCGUCAAGCCUCAAAGGGCUCGAGAGAUGCUCACUGAUAGUGUUGCCAAAGCUGCACUUGGAAACAGCAGCCGGAUCUCCAACAGAAGAGCACUGAAGAAAGGUGUCCAAGGAGGAUCAAGUUCCUCCAGUGUGCAUAGAAGCAGCGCUGGUUUAGCCCAGAAAAGCAGGCACAGGUCAAAGAGCCGAUCUAAACAUCAGUAG